UUUCGACGUCCGUCCUUGGCGUGUAAAUUUUGGAAUAAACCAUGUGUAAACCACGACACGAUAUGAGCCAUGUGUUGUGACAUGGAGCUAUUCCUACGGUUAAUUUACUGCUGAUAUUUUUGCCGGUGAAUUCCCUUCUAGCCGCGCUCCCUCGCAGAAAAGUGACCCUCUUUCGUACACGCUGGUGCUGGCCGUUGUUACGAGUAAACUCUGGUAAAAGCGUCAGCCCCGCGGCCAGUCGUUUGGCGUCGUCGACACCAUUCGACCGGUUUAUUUCGAGAAAUUAGAUCGCCUCGUUACGGCUGCGUUACGGUGGUAAGCUAUGUAGAUUUUGCUAGAGCUCAUUUCCUCGUCGACACCCUCGUUUCCGACAAUGCUGCGACGUCUUCCCACCAUGCUGGCGACCUCCGCUGUUGUGGCGAACCGCGGGAGCAUGUCGCUACGAAGCACUCGCUGCCUCAGCAGCCGUGGAAACGUUGAGUGGGAGCGUAAGAAGAAACAGAAGCCCAUCAACAUAAGUGAUGACUACGUGGCCAUUGACUCGGCGCCCAACAUGCUCGAAAGGGCGGGCUCGUUUUUCAAGGGAUUGAGCGUCGAUUUUGCGUCCUCCUUGCAAAAGAUGCCGGCCUUCUUCACGCGGGAAGCUGCCUUCGAGCGCAAGCUGUAUCGAGAAAAGAUGCGGCGUCUGUCUAGCCAAAAAUUCUUUGCAGAGCGCCACGGUAUCCUGGGCCCUGAUCUAGCAGCUGCAUCAUUCCUUGUAUUCCGAGGAGGACUUGUCAAGUUCCAUGGCAAGGACAAGUGGUUCAUGAAGAAAAAGGAUGACGAAUCGGGCCUUCCUAUAAAGUACGAGCCAGGCUGGGUCAUCGAAGCCAUUGAUGCUGCAAAUGCUGAGCUCUAUUACGAGGGCUUGGACAACCUCACGUGCCUCGAGGGUUUGAAGAGUCUACGGCUGGCUGGCAAUCCAAACGUUGAUGACUGGUUUCUGGACAGAUUAAGCCAGUUCAAGGAGACCUUAGAACAUCUGGACAUAUCUGGGUGCCCCCAGAUCACAGAGCAUGGCUUGGCUGUUUUAUACAGGCUGAGGAAGUUAAAGACCAUAACACUGGGCCACUUGUCUCAUAUUAAACACCUCAAGCUGGUUGGCUUAAUGCUGGAGGAAGCCAUCCCUGGCUGCAAAGUACUUGGCAUCAAUUAUAUCGACUCAGAUGCAUCAUCUGAGCAGACGAAGGAGUCCUCGUCCAGAGAAGCCCAUCAAAAGCCGCAGGAACGACGAGAGCAACUGUUUCCAUCAGCAGAAAAAACGGAAAGCGAUUUUGAAGGAUCCGAGACAAGAAGCGCUAAGCAGAGCACAUGAAAAGCUUCAGCAAUGUAAAUAGUAGAAAAAAAUGCUAAAUUAAAAUUUCUCUUUGUUGAA